AUGACGACAAAGCGCAAAGCCUCAGCCAUGGGAACGGCGGUGGACGAUGAGCCAGUAGACCCGUCAGAUGAACUGGCAUUCUACUGUCUGGGCGGCGGCAACGAAGUCGGCCGAAGUUGUCACAUCCUGGAAUACAAGGGCAAGACCGUGAUGCUUGAUGCUGGUAUGCAUCCGGCCAAGGAAGGCUUCUCUGCGCUACCCUUCUUCGAUGAAUUCGACCUGAGCACAGUGGAUGUUCUUUUAAUCAGCCAUUUCCACGUCGAUCAUUCUUCCGCCCUACCAUACGUUCUCAGCAAAACCAAUUUCAAAGGCAGGGUUUUUAUGACCCCGGCCACCCGAGCUAUCUACAAAUGGCUCAUCCAGGACAACGUGCGAGUCAGCAACACAUCUUCAUCUUCUGACCAACGCACCACCCUAUACACUGAGCGUGACCACUUGUCAACACUACCUAUGAUCGAGACUAUCGAUUUCUACACUACACAUACAAUCAAUGGCAUCCGGAUUACCCCAUAUCCUGCGGGCCACGUCCUCGGUGCGGCCAUGUUUAAGGUUGACAUCGCAGGCCUGGUCACUUUGUUCACUGGAGACUACUCUCGCGAGGAAGACAGGCAUUUGAUCCCCGCAGAGGUACCAAAAGGCACCAAGAUCGAUGUUCUCAUCACAGAGUCUACCUUCGGUAUAUCGUCAAAUCCACCUCGAUUAGAACGUGAGGCUGCGUUAAUGAAGUCAAUCACGAGUGUUUUGCACCGAGGUGGCCGUGUUCUGAUGCCCGUGUUUGCUCUCGGUCGUGCCCAAGAGCUGCUUCUGAUUCUCGAUGAAUACUGGGAAACCCACCCUGAGCUACAGAAGUUCCCUAUUUACUACAUCGGAAACAUGGCACGUCGCUGUAUGGUUGUGUAUCAAACAUAUAUCGGUGCCAUGAACGACAACAUCAAGCGACUUUUCCGACAGCGCAUGGCCGAGGCCGAAGCUAGCGGCAACAAGAGUGUCAGUGUUGGCCCGUGGGACUUCCGAUUUGUUCGAAGUCUUCGCAGUUUGGAGCGAUUUGACGAUGUGGGUGGAUGUGUUAUGCUUGCCUCUCCUGGUAUGUUGCAGACAGGUACCAGUCGUGAAUUGCUUGAAAGAUGGGCACCCAGUGAUCGCAACGGUAUUGUUAUGACUGGUUACAGCGUGGAAGGUACCAUGGCCAAGCAGCUGCUCAAUGAGCCUGACCAAAUUCCUGCUGUUAUGUCCAAGGUUUCGACCGGACAUGGCCGUGGUCGUGUUCCCGGGGCCAAUGAUGAAGACCAAAAAGUCAUGAUUCCUCGCCGAUGCACCGUCGACGAAGUCAGCUUUGCGGCUCACGUUGAUGGUGUUGAGAACCGCACUUUCAUUGAGGAGGUUGCUGCACCAGUGGUGAUCCUUGUCCAUGGCGAGAAACAUCAAAUGAUGAGACUGAAGUCCAAGCUCCUGAGUCUCAACGCCGAUAAAACCGUCAAAGUGAAGGUAUACACACCGGCAAACUGCGACGAGGUUCGCAUUCCCUUCAAGAAGGACAAGAUUGCCAAGGUUGUCGGCAAACUUGCAGAGCUCGCGCCACCCUCUGAGGAGGAGGAUGCCCAGUUGAUGGCCGGAGUCUUGGUCCAAAAUGGAUUUAAUCUAUCGUUGAUGGCCCCCGACGACCUUCAGGAAUAUGCCGGCCUAACAACCACCACCAUCACAUGCAAGCAACACAUUACUCUCAGCUCUGCAAGUAUGGAUUUGAUAAAAUGGGCACUCGAGGGAACCUUCGGAGCGAUUGAGGAAGUUGGAACCAGCCCCAAGGUCGAGAAAGAGGAGCAGAUUGAGAAGAGUGAAGAUAUGGAGACGGAUGAAACUCCCAAGAAAGAAGAUGCCGAAGAAGAAAUUCCUUCGGACGUGACACAAACGUUCCUUGUCAUGGGAUGCGUAUACCUGCGUCACCACUCACGCACCCGCGAAGUUGAACUCGAGUGGGAAGGAAACAUGAUGAACGAUGGAGUUGCAGAUGCGGUGAUGGCUGUCUUACUCACAGUCGAGAGCAGCCCGGCUUCCGUCAAGCAAUCCGCCAAGGAUAAGCAUCACCACCACCAUCACCACGAUGACGAAGUGGAACCACCAUCUCUCCCCAACCCACACGCCCAGACCUCACCCCAAGAAAGACUCGCCCGCAUGCUCAUGAUGCUCGAAGCUCAAUUCGGCGCCGACAACAUUGGCCCCAUCGAGCGCCCUCGUGUACCCACUGAUCUAGCUCUGGGUCCUCUGAAUGACGGAGGCGAGAUCAACGAUGAAAGAUUCUCCGACAUCGAAGCAGCAGAAUUGAACCGCCUCAUCACGAUGGGUAUUCCAGUCCCUGGCAUUGAGAUCAGGGUCGACAAGCACGUUGCUCGCGUGUGGCUUGAAGAUCUGGAAGUUGAAUGUGCCAAUGCUGUUCUGCGAGACCGUAUUCGUGUCGUCGUCGAGCGUGCCAUUGAGACGGUUGCGGGCCUGUGGGCUGAAACCUCUAUCGCCCGCGAUGUCGCGGCGAAUGGCUCUGCCAACCCCAAGGGAACGGUUGAGUUGGUAGCCAGGAAGAAAGCGGCUGCUAUUGAGAGCGAGGCUUGA